CAAGCCAGAGGCGGAAGGGAGAAAAUCUGUAAACUUGAUAGAGGAAAAGGGAAGGUUACAUCGAUCCUCAUCAAUGUCCACCAAUCUCCCAAAGGAUUUUUCGGAUCUUCCGAGGGAUUAGGCAGAGGAGGUGCUCUCUAAAGUUCCGGUGACAUCUAUGAGAAGAGUCCGGUCUACUUGCAAAAAGUGGAACACAUUGUCCAGAAGUAGGAGCUUUAAAAAGAAGCACCUCGGUGUUCAAGCCAAACUAGCAACAAAGGAAAAGGAGUUUAUGGUGGUCACGAUGAUUGAUUAUAAGGUUGAUUUGAUGAGCGUAAAUUUUGAGGGUGAAUUAUUAUGCAUGAAACGUCAAGGUACACUUGUUACCCCCGACGCUUCAGAUCAAAUCUAUGUAAGUCAAGUCAUUCACUGCGACGGUUUAUUGUUAUGCAUCAUGAAAGACAACCCUAGGGUCUUGGCUUUUAACCCGUAUUGUGGGCAACCCCGGUGGUUCCCCCCGACCACAGAUAAUUCUCCUUACAUAAACGCAUAUUCGUAUGCCCUCGGAUACAACAACAGCAGUAGCAGCAUCGCCAAAUCCUACAGAAUCUUGAGUUUUGCUAUGGUAGAUUAUGCCGAACCAAAAGUUGUUGAGUUAAAAAUCUACGACUUUAACUCAUCCUCUUCAUGGAGGGUUCUUGAUUUCACUCCAGAUUGGUUCAUAUAUUCUUAUAGCCAUGGUGUCGCUCUCAAGGGGAAUACAUAUUGGUUUGCUCAACCCAGGAAUUCAGAAACCCCUCCUAGCCAAGGAGGAGACCCUUGUUUCUUACUCUGUUUUGAUUUCACAAGUGAGGCAUUUGGCCCGCGCUUGCCUCUGCCCUUUAUGUGGGGUGCUGAAGAUACUGUCAGUCUAUCUAAUGCGAGAGAUGACCAGCUUGCCGUGUUAUUUCAGCGUGUGGAUACAUUACAGAUAGAGAUCUGGGUUACAACUAAGGUUGAGCCCAACACGGUCUCGUGGGGCACCAAGCUUUUCUUAUCAGCGGAUAUGAGAACACUCACCGCACCCAUUCAGUUUAUGUUUAGCUAUUGUGGUCCAACUUUCUUCAUUGAUGAGGACAAGAAAGUCGCUGUGAUUUUCGAUAAAAGCAAAGACCUAAGGCGGAGGCGCAAUACACCUUACAUUAUUGGAGAGGAUGGAUCCUCCUUGAAAGAAGUGGAUCUUGGAGAAUCUCCAAACAAAGAUCUUGAACCACUUGUGUGCCCUUAUGUCCCAAGUUCUGUGCUACUUAAAUAGUUCAUUAUUUCACAAUCCUCACACUAUCAUAAUCUUCUUCUUGCACUUUUACUUUUUUCAUCAUCUUUGAACAAUAUGUAUCUUUUAUUUAAUUUAAUCUGUCUCUCAUCAUUGUUUCUGUCCUUGGGUUGCUUAA